AUGGGGUUCAAGAUCAAAUACAAGCAGCAGCUGCGGGACACCGUGGCAAGCGGCGGCGGCGGCGGCGGCGGCGUUGGCAGAAGUAGCGGAGCUACACCGCCGACAUCGCCGCCACGAGAACCCGCUCCCUCGCCGCGGCGUUCACCUUCGCCUCCUGAUGCCGAGGAAUCAUCUGAAAAUCUUUGGGAUAUGUUGUGUGUCGCCUCAUUGACUCCAACAGUUUUCUGUAGCAUUGGUGAAAUAAUGUCUAGUGCAACAAUAGAGAGUAAAAUACCUCGACGCAAGGACCACUGCGAUCCCUAUGAUCAUUCUGGUCAACAUGGAAGUACAACCAAGUUGUAUGUGGGAAACAUGUCUCGGUAUACUCGGGAACGAGAUCUUGAGGCUGCUUUUGGCAGAUACGGAAGAUUGCUGACGGUGUAUCUGCAGGGGAGGAACCAUGGCUUUGUUGUGUUUUAUGAUCCCAAGGAUGCAGAUGCUGCAAGAAAUGGCCUAGAUGGCCAAGAAAUUUGUGGGAGCUACAUCACUGUUCAAUUUGCAAGAGAGCACAAAAUGACUCGAUAUGACACGCGUUAUAUUCAUGAUGAUCAAAAUGAUCGACAAGAUGGUAACUCCAAGUUGUUCGUGAGCAACAUUUCUCCACGUACCCAAGAACAUGAUAUUAAGGACCUAUUCAGCAAAUAUGGGAGAGUGCGCAAAGCGAAUCUUAAGGAGAACUAUGGUUUUGUUGAGUUUUGUGAUCCCCAGAACGCAGAUGAUGCAAGGUGUGAACUUAACGGACAAAAAUUUAAUGGGAACCGCAUUGGUGUUAAGUUUGCAACAGGGGUUCCACGUGGUCCAGUAGAUUCUGCUCAAAUCCUCUGCUAUAACUGUGGGGCAGGGGGGCACUUUUCUGGUGAUUGCAAGGCUGGUGACUGGAAAGAUAGGUGCUACCGGUGUGGAGAAAAGGGCCAUCUCAAAAGAAACUGCCGGAACAGUCCUAAGGAUACAGGCGAAGGAGAAGCCAUUCGAGGUCCAAGUCUCCUGUUCAUGGAAUGGGCCAAAGCUGGAGAUACAGGAGUCGCAGUAGGAGUUACAGGUCUUCUGCUGAACCUUGUUUGA